AUGCGACUUUUUGUCAGUGGCAGUGCUCCUCUUUCAACUCCAAUCUGGGAAGAAUUCAAAUCCAGAACGGGGCACGCUAUCUUAGAACGUUACGGCAUGACUGAAGCGCAAGUUAUCUGCUCGAAUCUAUACGACGAUCGUCGUCCCGGUACAGUAGGAAAACCAAUCGGGGACACAAAGCUUCGUAUAAAUGACGAAGGAGGUAUAGAAAUACAGUCAUCGUCGUUGUUUGCUGGAUACUGGAAAAAUCCGAAGAAAACUGCUGAAGAGUUCACUGAAGACGGUUAUUUCAUCACCGGAGAUAUUGGAGCAGUUGAUGAAGAUGGUUAG